AUGGUGGAGGACUUAGCAGCCUCCUAUAUUGCUCUGAAAUUGGAGAAUGAAAUUCUCCAGGCCCAAGUGCAGAGGCUGAUGGAAGAAAAUGCUACCCUGCAGGCCCAGAUCCCAGAGCUCCAGAAGCCUCAAGCAGCCAAGGAGGAUGAGUCACUCCAGAAGCCCCCAGAGGCCCAGGAGACCUCCAAACCCUCAGAGCCUCUGGAUCCCCCAGCAGCCUGGGACCCCCCAAGUGCCCCAGUGUUUGAGGAGCCUCGGAAGCCCAAAGAGUCCCUGGAGCUCCCAUCCUGGGGGACCACAGCUGACCAGGAGCCCCAGGUGACUCUAGUGGCCCAAGAGACCCAGAAGCCCUUGACGGCCCCAGCAGCCUCAGAGCUCUUGGAACCCCCAACAACCCAGGAACCCCAGGCACUUCCAAUUGCCCACAAGCCCCCAGAAGUCAAGGAGGCCCAAGAGCCCCCUGAAACCAAAGCUGCCCCAGGGGCCCAGGAAGCCCAGAAUUCAGAGCUCCAGAAUCCUGCAAAUGCCCAGGAUCCGCAGGAAACAUCAGAAUGCCAAGAGACGUCAACACACCUGGAGCCCCUGGAGCUUCAGGCUCCCCGGGAGCCCCUGGAUCUUUCAGAUGCCCAGGAGUUCCUAGAGCUCUCAGCACCCCAGGACUCCCUGGAGGGCCUAAGAGCUGUUGAGACAUCAGCCGCUUCAGCGUUCCCACAGUCCCCCAGUGGGUUAGAGGCUGAAGCUUUCCCCUUAGAAUACCCUUUAGCCUUCAACGGGAAUGCCCAGAAGCUUCCUGAGUUCCUGGUUCAACUGAAUAGUUACAUGAGAGUCAGAGGGCACCUGUAUCCCACUGAAGCAGCCUUAGUGAGCUUUGUUGGUAACCGUUUCUCAGGUGAGGCAGGAAGGUGGUUCCAGCCCCUAGUUGAUAUCCAAAGCCCCCUGCUGGAGCAAUUUGAGAGUUUCAUACAAGUGCUCCAGGAUACUUUUGACAAUCCAGAAAAUGUGGAAGAUGCCAACCACCGCAUCCGCCAGCUUUGUCAAGGGGAGGACCCUGUCCACCUGUAUGCAACCCACUUUCACCUCAUUGCUCAAGAGCUAAACUGGGAUGAAAGUACUCUUUGCAUGCAAUUCCAGGAAGGGCUUGCUAGUUCUAUCCGAGAUGAACUGUCUCACACAAGCCCAGCCACCAAUUUAUCCGAUCUGAUCACUCAGUGCCUCAGCCUAGAAGAGAAACUAAGUGGUAAGCCUGAUCCAAAUCCACAAGGGGCAAGUCCCUCAGAGAAGAGAGCUGAGCCUGUGAGUCCACCAGCUGAAAACCGGCCUGUGCAGGCUGCAAGCAAUCGCCCUCACCUCAGUGAAGCUGAACGGGCCCGCCGCCUUGAAGGCCACUUAUGCCUCUACUGUGCUCAUCCCGGUCAUUUUGCCAGAGAUUGCCCUGUCAAGCCUCAUCGUGCUCAGCAGGCGGGAAACAUCCAGGCCCGGCGGUAA